AUGGAUAGACUGGAAGUUCCUAAUGAAGAAAGUAUAUUAUUAAAGGUGCAAAAUGGCAAGGAUCAAACGCCCAACGAGCAAUCAUCCGAUGAAAACGGCGAGAACAAGGAGGAAUCGGUGGAUAUCAUACAAAAAUGCAUAGGCGUUUUGGGCAAGUGGCACUUGUGGAUAUGCUUCAUCAUAUUUCUAGUCAAAUUCGGCGUGUCCUGGCACCAACUUAGCAUAGUAUUCUUGGCGCCGCCGGUGGACUAUUGGUGUGUUAAUAACGCCACCGAUAAAUGCUCGCCCGAAUGCACCAAUUUCGUUUAUGACACGUCCGUAUUCGCCAGUACGAUCGUCACGGAAUGGAAUCUAACAUGUUCCAAAUCGUAUUUGGUCAAUUUAACGCAAACCAUCACUAUGCUGGGAAUUCUCUUCGGAAGCGUCUUGUUCGGUUAUCUAUCUGAUAAGUACGGAAGAAAAAAUCCACUGGUACUCGCCGUGACAUUGCAAGGACUCUCCGGCUUAGGCGCAGCUUUCUCUCCUUGGUUCUCGCUGUUCAUGGUCAUGAAAUUUCUAUCGGCAGUCGCCACCGGCGGUACCAUGAUAACCAGCUUCGUACUCAUCAUGGAAAUCGUCGGUACCGAAUGGAGAACCGUGCUGGGCAUCCUCUACCAAAUCCCCUUCAACGUCGGCCACCUGCUGAUGCCCCUGAUCAGCUACUACUUCCGCAGCUGGCGCCACUUCCAGAUCAUCAUAUCGGCGCCGGCCUUGGCGCUCAUCACCUACUACUGGCUGCUGCCGGAGUCGCCGCGCUGGCAGCUGGCCGUCGGCGAGAAGGCGGCGGCCGUCGCGACGCUGACCAAAGCGGCGAAGCGCAACGGGCUGCCCACCGAGACCGUCGCCGGCGACGUGGAGGCGUACGUGACCGGCAGGGGGGCGGCCGGCGCGGCCGCGCAGAAGGGCAACAUCGUCGAUUUGUUCAGGACGCCCAUCAUGCGGAAGUACACGCUGGUGCUCGGCUUCGAUUGGUUCGUAUGCGGGCUGUGUUUCUUCGGAGUGUCCCAAUUCGUCGGGCAGUUAGGGGGGAAUAUAUUCGUGAACGUGGCCAUCUCGGCUGUUAUACAGAUACCCAGCACGCUGUUCGCUUGCUACGCCACCAAGGCCUGGGGCAGGAAGAAGACCAUGUGGGCCUCGAACCUAUUGAGCGCAGCUGCUCUUUUAAUAAUGGGCUUCGUACCGAACGAUCCGGCUUGGAUAAAAACGGUCCUCUCCUCCAUCGGCAUGUUCGGCAUGGCCCUGGCCUUCCCGAACGUCUACAUCUACUCCGGGGAGCUCUUCCCCACGGUGGUGCGCAACGUGGGCGUCGGGUUCUCGUCGAUGUGCGCCCGCGUCGGGUCCAUGAUAGCGCCGUUCGUCGCCGCGACGAGCGCCUACGGCGACUGGGCGCCGCCCGUCAUAUUCGGCGCCGUGGCGCUGGCGGGGGCGGCGCUGUCGGUGAAGCUGCCCGAGACGCUCGACUGCAAGCUGCCCGACACCAUCGAGGAGGCGGAGGCGUUCGAGGUGAGGCUGAAGAUGAAGGGCAAGAUGCCCGAUGUGGCUUGGAAGAAACGGGGAAGCAUCUUCGAGGAAAAGGAAGAGCAGGCGUGA